GCUGCAAAGGAACCGGUCCCCUCAUUUAAUGCAGCUCAAAUAGUAAGAAAACUGCGUUUCCAUUUCAGUUUCACAGCGGCUUGGGUUGUUCGAACCUGGCAAUUCUGCUCUCAUUUUCACUCGAUACGUGCAAUACAAUUAUUUCAGGACUAAGAUGGCUCUGCUAACGUGGUACUGGGCACUCGACGGUAUCCUGAUAUUGCUGUCGCUGAUAUUUUCGGCGUACCUUUACAUGACGCGGAACUUCAAAUACUGGGAGAAACAAGGAGUGUUUGAACUACAACCGACAGCCUUCGUCGGGAACUUUAAGGACUGCUUGCUCUUCCGGAGAUCAGCCGGCGAAUUUCUCAAAGAUCUCUACGACAAGGGCAAGGGCUUGAAGUACCUGGGCUUCUACAUUUUCGACAAACCAGCUCUCCUCAUCCGGGACCCUGUGAUAAUAAAAAAUGUGCUCAUCAAAGAUUUCAACUACUUUUCGGACCGAUUUGUUGCUGCAAGCGACACCGACACCUUGGGUACCGCAAAUCUGUUUUCAAUAAAAAACCCGCAUUGGCGGAUUCUGCGCAACAAACUUACGCCAGUUUUCAGCUCUGGAAAGCUGAAAAAGAUGUUUUAUUUGAUGGCUGCCGUGGCCGAGGAUCUGGACACUCACCUUGAGACCCUGAACUUGCAUGGCAAAGGCCGAGUGAUCGAGCUGAAAGAGACUUGUGCCAAGUACACCACAGACGUGGUCGGCUCUUGCGCCUACGGCCUUCAGGUUAAUUCCCUGAACAAUCCGGAAGCGGAGUUCAGAAAAUACGGUAGAAAAGUAUUCACCUUCAACUACAGACGCGCUUUAGAGGUAUCCACAUUCUUUUUUGUUCCUGGUAUCGUCAAGCCAUUGGGAUUCAAAUUCUUUGAGCAGAGUUGCUCAGUCUUUUUGCGGAAGGCUUUGUGGGGCGCCAUCGACGACAGGAUGAAGAGCGGUGACUGCAGAAACGACCUCAUCGACACUCUCAUCGAGUUGAAGAAAGCCCAGGCCGAGAGUGACGAAAAAGAUCCUGACGCGUUCAUAUUCGACGGAGACAACCUGGUGGCCCAGGCAGCGGUCUUCUUCACAGCAGGGUUCGAAACGUCGUCUACCGCGAUGUCCUUCUCGAUGUACGAACUGGCCUUGCAGCCAAAUCUUCAGCGACGACUUCGCGACGAGAUCAAUUCAGCUCUCGAUGAGAGUGGAGGAAAGCUCAGCUAUGAUAUGGUAAUGAAUCUUCCGUACCUGGAUAUGGUCGUGAAGGAAACCCUCCGCAAAUAUCCCCCUCUGCCGUUCCUCGACAGGGUAGCAAUGGUCGAUUACAAAGUCCCGGGGACUGACCUCGUCAUAGAAAAGGGAACACCGACUUACAUCCCUAUGUUCGGACUCCACUAUGAUCCGGAAUAUUUUCCGGAACCCUUCAAGUACGACCCAGAGCGGUUCAACGAGGAAAACAAGCAGAAUCGGGCCUCUUGUAUCUACAUGCCUUUCGGAGACGGUCCUCACAACUGUAUCGGUCUUCGGUUCGGACUCCUCCAAGCGAAACUCGGCCUCGUCAAGGUGCUCUCCAAGUACGAGGUGACGCCCUGCGAGCGAACCCUGAUCCCGAUGCGCCUCGAUCCGAAGGCCCUUAUUUUGUCAUCGGAUGGCGGUCUCUAUUUGAACGUACGAAAAAUUUAAGUCGAUAGUAUUAAGUGAAAUGCUGUUGACGCUAAGCAUUUAUGACGAUUGUUCCCUGGAAAAUGUUUUGUGUUUAAAUAUUGUAUCCAUCGUA